GCUCCGAACUCAAGGAACCAGAGCAGCAGCAGAGAUAGCAGGAAUUGUUUCGCCCUUACUGACUAACUCGCUUUGUGGCUUUGGUUCAGGAUGGAAACGUCUAUGAUUUCUCGGAGCCGACGAUGCUCCAUGAUGCGCAAUUGCAAAAGCGGCCUCUCUCUCUGGCUGGUGGUGUUGCUGGUCCUCGGCGAGCCCAACCCGGCAUCGGCGUGCCCGCAUAACUGCGUGUGUUACCCCACGCCGAUGACCGUGAGCUGCCAGGCGCAGAACUUCACCACCGUACCCAUCGGAGUGCCGUACGAGUCGCAGCGCGUCUUUCUCCAGAACAACCGGAUCACUGAACUGAGAGUUGGCUCAUUUGGUUUCGGGACUCAGGUCCUGUGGCUCUUCUCCAACAACCUGACCUGGAUCGAGGGGGGGGCCUUCAGCGAGAUGAGGGACUUGGAGGAGUUGGACCUGGGAGACAACUCGGGCCUCCAUCGGCUGGAGGGAGGAGCCUUCCGGGGCCUUGAGAAGCUCCAGAGCCUGCACAUGCACCGCUGCCGGCUGAAGGCCCUGCCCCACAACAUCUUCCACAAACUCUACAGCCUGCAGUUCCUCUAUCUGCAGGAGAACCACCUCCACUUCCUGCAGGACGACAUCUUCUCGGACCUCAUCAACCUCAGCCAGCUCUUCCUGCACGGCAACCGCAUCCGCACGCUGUCCGAGAACGUUUUCCACGGCCUGGUCAACCUGGACCGCCUGCUGCUGCACGACAACCGCGUCCGCCAGGUCAACCGCCGCGCCUUCCGCGACCUGGGCCGCGUCACCAUGCUUUUCCUCUUCAACAACUCCCUGGCCGAGAUGCCCAGCCAGGCCCUGAGGGACGUCCAGGGCAUCGAGUUCCUCCGCCUCAACGGCAACCCCUGGUCCUGCGGCUGUGAGUCCCGCCCCAUCUGGGAGUGGUUCCGGGAGGCGCGCGUCUCCUCCUCCGAGGUCAUCUGCGCCUCGCCCGCCGACCGCCGCGGCCAGGACCUGCGCUUCCUGCGGGAGAUGGACUACGCCCUGUGCCCUCUGGCCGACCCGGGCUCCAUCGGCGGCUCCACCACCACCACCUUCAGCACCAAGACCCGCUGGUGGUUCGCCAAGAACAAGCCCCAGUCCUCCAGCAAGGGCGUGUACGAGAAGUCCUCCGAGACGGUGAAGGCCGGCCUCUAUGGAAAGCGCCCAUCCGUGUCCACCUCGGUGGUGAAGUACGAGCUGGGGGAGGACGAGCUGGCCCUGCCCAAGCUGGACGCCGAGGAGUACUGGACCAACUACGGCAACGAGGACUCGGACUCGGACUCCGGCGUUUCCGUGCGCUGCUUCGAGCUGGAGUGCCCGGACGACUUCGGCCUGACGCCGUCCUCCUCCUCCUUGCCCUCCUCUUUCUCUCCCUCCCUCCUCUGCCUCUUGGCCCUCUCACUCCUCGCCGUGUCCAACCUACACAUGCACAUCUGGGGCUGAACGAUAGACUCAGUCAAACCCCCCCGGUUUUCUCCUCCUCCCCCCCUCCCGGCCUUGUUUUAAAGGCUGUAAUGGUGGGGUGACCCUCGGCAGAAAACGUCCACAACCCCCCUUUGCCCGAGUUACCGAGCUAUUGCAUCUGUACAGACGCGCUCGUGUUAGGGAGAUAGGGGCGGCGGUUGUGACGAUCGUUGUAUCUGCUAUUCACAGGGCUUAACGUGCAUCAGGUCUGCUGAGCUAUGCUUCAGCCAUGGCUCUAUCUAUUCUACAAUACAGCUAGCGCAGUAGUUUCUGCCGGACUGGCCUGUAUGUUGGAGGGCUUUCAGAGUCCUCCAUCAACACCGCUGGUGUUUGUUGACUUGAUCCACUGUUGUUGUUUCUAACAACUCAACUAUAACCACACAACGUAAUACUGUUGUGGCUAGUGCGAUAUCUAAUCCUAACGGGUUGCCAUAAGCACAGAGUGUCCGGUCAAUAAGUCUUUACAAUGUACAGAUUUGAGAGUGUUUUACUCAUGUUUAUUUUGUAUUAUUCACAGUCUAUAUGAUGUGCCGAUCGCCUCACUGCUAUCCAGGCACACUGGAAGGGCUAGCAAACGGAUGCAGAAAGAGAGAGAGACAGACAGACGGCGACAGGACAGACAAGGCGAUCAGGUGGAGAGGAGAGUAGGAUGAGUAGGCCGAGCUAAUGGAACACAGAGAAGGAAGAGGAGUCGAAGGAGAGGCACCUUGAGGGGGCAGACACAGUGGGAACAGGAAAGGAAUGAAAGGAACAAACCAAGCAGGUCAAGGGAAAGUAUGCAACAGAAAUGAAAGGAGAGCUAGAGAGGACAAAGGAAGAAAGAGAGAAAGAUAGACGGGUGAGUGGGCGAGAGUUAGAAAGGAAAGGAGCGAGAAAGACAGAUGGAUAGAUUAAGAGAGAGAAUGAGGGUGGUCAAAGGGCCAAAUUAGAGAGGAAGAAUACAGAAAGCCAGAGACGGAAGAACAGACACAGCUGCACCAACAGUGCCGCGGGACUCAGGGCGGAGGUCAGAGGUCAGAGAAGGAGGGACAAGCACAGGAAGAGGUAGAGUCGAACAUCCAAACGCUGACAGUCGAUUGGUUAUCCAUAUCUUUCCUGUAAAUAUCAUGUCUGGAUGGCAGCUAUUGGGAAGAGUCUUCUCAUCGGGCCGUCCAAGGCUCAGUUUGUUUUGUAUGUGAUGUAUGAAAAUGUUAAAUUGUAUGACAUGUAUUUUUUCGGUCUUGAUAAAGAAUAUCUUUCUGAAUUACUUUCUCUGACUA